AUGUCGUCGAAGCUCAGGAUAUUGGUGCCCGUGAAAAGGGUCAUUGACUAUGCGGUCAAACCGCGCGUCAACAAAGCGCAGACGGGCGUGGAGACGAACGUCAAGCACAGCAUGAACCCAUUUGAUGAAUUGUCAGUGGAAGAGGCUGUGCGAUUGAGAGAGAAAAAGAAGGAUGUUGAAGACAUUCUGGUCUUCUCCGCAGGACCCGCAAAGAGUCAAGACAUCCUUCGUACUGCCAUGGCAAUGGGCGCCGACCGGGGCAUACACGUGGUAGAAGAGAAGACUGAGCUUGAGCCGUUGGGUGUCGCGAAGCUAUUGAAAAAGGUCGUUGAGGAUGAGAAGAGGAAUCUUGUCAUCUUAGGCAAACAGAGCAUUGACGACGAUGCCAACCAGACGGGGCAAAUGCUUGCCGGCCUACUGAACUGGCCUCAGGCGACACAGGCGAGCAAGAUUGAGAUCGAAGGCGAAAGUGUCACAGUCACAAAAGAGGUGGAUGGUGGUGUGGAAACAGUCAAGGCCAAGCUGCCGAUGAUCAUCACAACAGAUCUGAGAUUGAACGAGCCGAGAUACGCAAGUUUGCCUAACAUAAUGAAGGCCAAGAAGAAACCGCUAGAGAAGAAGAGCUUGGCAGACUAUGGAGUUGAUACUGCGAAGAGGCUGAAGACGAUUAAGGUUGCGGAGCCACCGGCGAGGCAGGGUGGUGGAAAGGUCGAGGAUGUGGACGGCAUGAUCUCAAAGCUCAAGGAAUUGGGCGCCCUCUAGACGCGGAAUGCGAGCCAUAGAGCAUGUGAAGGGAAGGUUUGUAUAUACCAGAAGAGUUGCGCACAGAAUGCGCCUUCGAAGCCACUCGUGAUCAAAGUGGGUCGAGCUUGCCUGAGGGUGCAGUGCCUAGCAGAAGGCAACCAGCAGCGCCUGAGGCUCGUCGACCUCAACUCUUGACUCACUCAUCUUUCUCCUCA